GUGAACCCACAGCAGGAAACAGCGGCGGGAACGCGGCAACUCGCGCGGUGGAGGAUCAGCGCCGUUACGCCGUGACCGUGGAUCUAAAGGAGACAACCGAAACACAACCGACGGAGAGCAGCGCGAUGUCUGGGCGUCUCGGUAAGCUGAGGUCCAGGAAGAGGAAGAGCAGCUGUGAGCCCAAACCCGGCAGAAGGGUUUCCAGCGUCGCCACAGGACGCCUCAAACGGCACCGGGCGCAUUCAGGGGGCGGGUCCAGAGCAGCAGCCGAUCCCGAGGAGAGGCGGUCUCACGUCACUCGUCAGCGGCUCGCUGGCGGGGGGCGCUCCGCUUCAGUGCAGCCGGUAGGCCAGGAGGGAAAAGAAAACCAGUUGAGGACCGAGGAGUCCGACGGGGGGAGGGCUGUCCCUGACAAGCAGGAGUCGGACCCCCCAGCCUGUGCAGACCCGGACAAGCCCCCGUUUCCAGACGACGACAGUAAUCAGAUCCUUCCUGUGGAGCAGUUCUUUGGAAACCUGGACAUCGUACAGGACUUUCCUCAGAGAUCACCAACAACCUCAGCCGGAGUCCCAAAGAGGAGCAGGAGGAGGCAGUUCUUAGCCACGGAGGACAGCGAGGAGGAGGAGGCGGGGCUCAGCAGCACGCAGUAAGAGAACGGCCGUCUCGGAGCGUUUGUGGCGGACUUGAAGAGGAGUAACUCCCAUUGAACAUUGGAGCAAACCCACCAUGUACCGAGACGGUCCAAACCCGAGCCAAGGGCAGAACUUCAGCCAUGAACGGAGUUCUGCUUCCUUUGACAUGAAACCACUGAUUGUCCUUUUGCGUUUCCAUGGUUACCGGCUGCAGGAACAGAUGCUUUGAAGUGCAGUCGCAGUCAUGGAAGGUUCCUGGAAACUGGACUGAGUGAGAGAGCGUGACAUCAUUCAUGGAUAUGGGCUGAGUCGUUUCUAUGGCAACCACUCCAAUCAACCAGCCUGUUGGAAGGCCACGCCCCUAGCACUAGCUGGCACCACCACAUUGGAUGUGGGGGCUAGCAGGCUCCACCUACUUUCAUGGAGGCAUGUGACCAGAAGAUGUUAGAAGGUCUCAGAUCCAGAAGGUUUAUUUUGACCAACAGAAUGACUGAGGAACAGCGGUUUGUUUCUCUAGAGAAGUCUACGGGAUUUUGGCUUCUUGGAGCCACUUCCUGUUUGGAACGCCAGGGGGGUGGAGUCACCCACUCUAGUCCUCUCAAACAGCCAAUGGUCACGGCGUCAGGACCUGGUGUCUUCUCUUCGCAUCCAAGACAAUGAAGCUACUUCAAGAAGAGAAGCUGGGUCCAGACGCCGCGUCGGUUUGGCUUUGGAAGAGCGGCAGAGGUUCUCGGGUUCCACGAUGCAGUUUUUCCAAAUCGGCCUGAAGAUCAAACCUGGACGACACGUCAGGUGAUCCAACGGGGCAGAGACCUGCUGUACAAGUCUGAUUCACCAAAAGUUCGGCAGCUUUUCCUCAUGAAUGUGUGAGACGCCAGCGCAGCUACUAAUCCUGAAGGAGCUUCUUCACGCGUGACCUUGAUAUAACGUUUGUACUUUUCUAUACAUUUCCAUCUGCAGAUGAUCAGUAGAUGCGUUGGAUUUUUAGCAGGUUCAAUGAUUGCACUAAACACAACAUGGCAUGGUUUGUAAAAACGGAUCAUUCUGUGAAAUCCUGUACAUACUUUACUGCCUUAUUUAUGCAGAAUGCUUUGAUCUUUUAAGUUUAGAGUCUAUGAUUGUAUUUGUGCCAAAAUGUUGGGGAAAUAAAACCUUCCUGAUUGUGAA